CCCUGAGUUGUGAGUGUGGGCAUGCUUUCCAACUAUUCCGGAAUCAGACGGAGUGUUCUAUAGUGGGACGACAGCCUUCCUGACAUUCUGACAUUCCAACAUUUUGACGGCCCGUCUCCCAAAACGUCUACUUUUGUAGGGAACCAGCAUCCGAAUUCUCGACACAAGUUCUCUCCUAGACACGUGACCUCCUGUUGCCAUGGACUGGAAGGGUCUGGAGGGUCUGCUGAGCGGGGUCAAUAAAUACUCGACAGGAUUCGGCCGCAUUUGGCUCUCGCUGGUCUUCGUGUUCCGCGUCCUGGUGUUCGUGGUCGCCGCAGAACGCGUAUGGAGCGACGAGCAGAAGGACUUCGACUGCAACACGUUGAUGCCGGGGUGUGCCAAUGCCUGCUACAACCACACCUUCCCCAUCUCCCACAUCCGGCUCUGGGCCCUGCAGCUCAUCUUCGUCACCUGCCCCACCUUCAUGGUGGUCAUGCAUGUCUGGUACCGUGAGGACCGUGAGCGCAAGUACCAGGCCAAGCAUGGCGAGGGGGCGCGCCUCUACGACAACCCGGGCCAGAAGCACGGUGGGCUGUGGUGGACGUACCUGCUGAGCCUGAUCUUCAAGACGGGCAUCGAGAUUCUCUUCCUCUACCUGCUACACUACCUCUACGCCAACUUCAACAUGCCACGGAAGGUCUCCUGUGACAUGUGGCCGUGUCAGCACAACGUGCAGUGCUACAUUGUGCGUCCCACUGAGAAGCGCAUCUUCACCUACUUCAUGGUGGGUGCGUCGGCCGUGUGCGUGGUGCUGAACGUGUGCGAGAUCCUCUACCUGCUGGCCAUGCGCGUUGUGCGCCGCAGCCACUACCGGAGCAGCAGCAGCCGGCGCGUGCAGAGGGAGGCCUGCGGAGAACCGUACUGCACCGAGUGCACUGACCUGCCCAUGACCACUUACAGGUCCAGCAACCUCACCAAGGAACUCAAGCCAGAGUAGAUUAUCAGUGGAGCAGGGCUGAACUGAGACCUCAAGCCAGAGUAGAUUAUCAGAUUUCUUUCGUAAACGUCCUAUUUUUCAUAGGGUUCACAGUAAAUGUUGCGGUGUUAAUUCAACACUUAAAGAGUUCAUUUAUGUCCAAAUGAUGCCAAAUCAACUCUUUAAGUGUUGAAUGAGCACUGCAGAAUUUACUGUGUUAUUAAUGGAAAAUACCCAGCAUUUUUUCACGUCUUGUGGGUUUUGAUAUUUUUUUUAUGUAUAAAAAUAUAAUAUUUGAAGUUAUUAUUUUUUAAGCACAUUUAUUGUGGUGCAGUGGUACCCUGCCUAUGACCUCCUACAGGUCCAGCAACCUCACCAAGGAACUCAAGCCAGAGUAGAUUAUCAGAUGUCUUAAACGUACCUAUUAUUCAUUUAGGGUUAUGAAUGAAAAAUACACAGUAUUUUUUUCACAGUUUGUGGGUUUUUAAUACUUUUAAGUUUUUUAUUUUAUUUUUUUUAAGCACAUUUAUUGUGGUGUA